GGCCGUGAGGGGCCGCGGCGGCAGCAGCGCAGCGGAGCGGCCGGGUCGGCCCCGCCGCCCGGGGCAGCCGGAGGAAGAUGAACCUGAAGUCGGAGCGCAGGGGGAUCCACGUGGAUCAGUCGGAGCUGCUGUGCAAGAAGGGCUGUGGUUACUAUGGCAAUCCUGCCUGGCAGGGAUUUUGCUCCAAGUGCUGGAGGGAGGAAUACCACAAGGCCAGGCAGAAGCAGAUUCAAGAGGAUUGGGAGCUGGCAGAGCGGCUCCAGCGUGAGGAGGAAGAAGCCUAUGCCAGCAGCCAGAGCACCCAAGGGGCUCAGUCCCUGACCUUUUCCAAGUUUGAGGAGAAGAAAACCAAUGAGAAGACAAGGAAGGUCACUACUGUGAAGAAGUUCUUCACUGCUUCCUCCAGAGCAGGAGCUAAGAAGGCAGCUCAAGAGAAAACCCCUAAGCAAGGACAGCCUGGGAGGGAGAGAAAUGCUGAUAACAUUCUCAGGGAUUUGAAGGAGAUUUUUACUCCCUCCUGGGAACUGGCUUCCCCUUCUGAAGCACUGGCUGGCAAGCUGAAAGAGAUCCAGGAGGCCAAGGCUCCCAGCCCUUCCAUCCACAGGCAGGCCAGCAUCGAGACAGACCGAGUGUCCAAGGAGUUCAUAGAAUUCAUCAGGACGUACCAGAAGCCUGGCCAGGAUAUCUACAAGCAAUGCAAACUCUUUUUGGACACCAUGAGUCAUAAAAGGGAAUUAAGCAUUGAGGAACAAUCUGAAUGUGCCCAGGACUUCUACCAGAACGUAGCAGACAGGCUGCAGACACGUUGGAAAGUGCCCCCUGAAAAGGUGGAGAAGGCAAUGGAUGAGGUUGAGAAAUACAUCAUGACCCGCCAGUAUAAAUAUGUUUUUUGCCCUGAGACAACUGAUGAUGAGAAGAAAGACCUUGCUGUCCAAAAAAGGAUCAGGGCCUUGCACUGGGUGACUCCCCAGAUGCUGUGUGUUCCUGUCAGUGAGGAGAUCCCAGAAGUCUCUGACAUGGUUGUGAAGGCAAUUACAGAUAUCAUUGAGAUGGACUCCAAGCGCGUCCCUCGGGAUAAACUGGCCUGCAUCACCAAGUGCAGCAAGCACAUCUUCAAUGCCAUCAAAAUCACCAAAAAUGAGCCAGCCUCUGCCGAUGAUUUCCUGCCCACCCUGAUUUACAUCGUGCUGAAGGGGAACCCGCCGCGCCUGCAGUCCAACAUCCAGUACAUCACUCGCUUCUGCAACCCCAGCAGGCUGAUGACUGGGGAGGAUGGAUAUUAUUUCACCAACCUGUGCUGUGCUGUGGCCUUCAUUGAGAAACUGGAUGCUCAGUCUUUAAAUCUGAGCCAGGAGGAUUUUGAUCGUUUCAUGACGGGCCAGACCUCCCCGAAAAAGCAGGAAUCUGACAGCUUCUCCCCUGAUGUGUGCCUGGGGGUGAAGCAAAUGUGCAAAAGCUUAGACCUCCUCUCUCAGUUGAAUGAGAGACAGGAAAGAAUUGUCAGUGAAGCCAAGAAGCUGGAGAAAGACCUCAUCGAUUGGACUGACGGGAUCGCCAAGGAGGUGGAGGACAUCGUGGAGAAAUACCCCUUAGAAAUAAAACCAAAAAGUCAAGCCUUGGCAGCCAUUGACUCUGAAAACGUGGAGAAUGACAAGCUGCCCCCACCACUGCAGCCUCAGGUUUAUGCAGGAUAAUUAUCCUCAGCUAGUUGGGAAGGGAAGGAAAUUUAAGGCUAAAAAAAAGAAAUGAGCUUAAACCAGUACAUUUUUAAAGGUAUUUUUGGGGGUGUUUUUUUUCGUUGGUUUUUUUUUUUUUUUUUUGGUUAAGUGUAAGGAAUUGUAUUUAUUUUAGUCCAGUAGGUUUCUAUUAGGCUUUGGUGGGGGUUUUUUUUGAACUGAAUUUCGAUUUUCUACACAAACUGGUGUAAUUUUUAAGCAACACUAGUCCAUUGACAUCUCUCCUGAAAAGCUUCCUUCUAAGCAUGCACUUAAUUGUUUUUAAUAAUUAGUUUAACUUGAAGCCAAGUUCCAGCAAGGGAAAAAAAAAAAAAAAAAAGGUACCAAUGUUAGUCUGAACUUAUUCUGUAGCUGUAAAGAUGAACUAUAUAUUGUAAAAUAUGUAAAAUUGUAAAUAGAGGUCAAAUUUGAUGUCCCAACUGUGCAUGAGCUCGUGUGUGAGUGAAAAUGAUCUCAAAAUAUUCAUUUUAGCACCUUUCAGUUCCAUCACGUCACAGCAAAAAGGCAAAAACGCUGCUGGGGUUUGGAUACACCUGGAGAGGAGGAGUGAAGAAUGACAGGGGAUGUUGUUGGAAUGAAAAAUCAUCUUACUCUGCUCUGUUAAAAAGAAAAAUUAUUUAAAAGAUGCCAUUUCUUCAUUUAAGUGCUUUGUCAGAAAUACCCGGUAGCCUUGAAUGGUGCACAAAAGUGCUGAUUUGGAAGUGCUUUGGAAGUGCUUUGGAAGGAAAUGUGGGGCCAGAAAUUGAAAAUAUUUCAGGGAUAGGAAGAAAUAUUUGUAUUAAAAACUGCAUAAUGUGGAACAAAAAAGGGUGUGAGGGGGAAAAAGACCAUGGAAGAGUUGCUCCAAACGUGUCUCUGUCCUGGUCGCUUCCAUCAGUGGGAUAAAUUUCGGUUGCUUUUUUUUUUUUUUGACAAUCCUGGGAAAUAAAGAAACAAAUUCACAAAAUUGGAGGUUGCUUUUUUUAGAAGGAGCAGAAAAAAAAUGCACUUUAUUUCCAUGAAACCUCAACGUUCUGCUCUUCAUUGACCCCUCCAGCACCUGGAACGGCGAGCUAAAAAAUGCCUUUGUGUCACUAAAAAUCCCUGAAAUUCAGGUUGGGCUGAAAGGAGAGCUCACCCCACCGAAAGCAACCUCUCACACCAGAACUCGGAAACUUUCUCUGCAUCGUUUGAAAUCUCUCCCAGCUCCAUCCAGCGCUGACUCCUUCGUGCAUCCCAGGUGGAGCUCAGCUGGAAACUGCUUCUGAGCAAAUGUUUAAUUCCUGCCAGCCAGGAGGGAAGCGCCUCGACCUCUUGAUUCAUUCCCACUCAUUAAAGCACUGCUCCUGUUAAAUCUGCGCUGCGAGAACUUCGCACCACCACUGUGACUUGUCCCUUUUUCUCUCAGUUUUUUGCCUUUUUUUACGGACUGCUCACCAGCCCUGGUGUUCCGGAGAAGCAGCCGCGGCACCGGGAUGUUCACAACAACAACAACAAAAUGAAAUUAUUCCGUGUGUCACCGCGCCCGGAUCGUUGGGGUAAAUAAUCCUGGGAUUUAUUGGGUUUAUUUAGGUGCCAAUUCCGAUGCCCAGCUCCGCGCGUUUGUCCCGAGGAGGGCUGGGGGAAGCAAACCCGCAGCUGUUGUGUCAAUAUUUAAAUAAAAGCGUGGCCGUUCUGCCCUCGUUAAUGAGUCCCCGAA